GGUAAUUUAUGUCUUACUUGGGUGGGUCAUGUCUAAGCAGGGAUUAAAAACCACACAAUGAGAUGAAUACCUGUGUGCAUUCAUUAACUUUAAAAUAAUAAGGAAAUGUACUCGCUAUUAAAUUCAAUUGUUUAAAAUCCGAAUUUAUAAAUCUUUUACCUAUGCAUUUGCUCUCAGUCUUCUUCCUGGUUUAUCAUAAAUCUCAUCUCUUCCUCGUGGUACAAAAUGGGGCGAAAAUUUCUUGCCAUAUUGUCCCUUCUCCAGGUAACAUUUAUUACCGUGAAGGCAACAUCUUUGGAGGACGUGAUUCUCCAACAGGUCGCCGUUUCUGGGGAUGUGCCAUGUUUUCGAAACGACUCCCUCCUUAUCCAACAAGUCGAUAAGGCCAAUGGCCAGAGCACCUACAAAUUCUUGGGAGAUGAUAGCAAUUUGGUUGCAUAUGAGAGGAAGGUGGACGAUUCUGGGAAGGAUGUCAUCCUCUUGAGUGGAGGACAAGUUGCCGUUCAAAAAGAGUAAAAGGAUUUAUAUCGUGUUAAGAAAGAAUAAGGCGGUGGGAGGUAACAAUUCUUAUUAUGGACAGGUUGCUAUAAUUCGGUGAGUGAAAUUUUGAAAUUACCGCAAAAAAUUAAACCCUUUUAAGAAUUAUAUGAAGUAAAUAAAUGUCUGACUUUUUUCUACUUUUUUAAUUAGCAAGUUCACUUUAAACUGAAUGGGUUAUCGUAAAUUUAAUAGCGAUGCUGCACCUUCAGAUAAAACAGUUUCAUCCAUUGACCAAGAUGGCACGUCUAAGAAAAUUGUGGUAGAAUGGACAACCUUCGAUGAGCACUAUAUUCAUGGGAAACAGCCCUUUCAAAAUCUGGCGAUAUCCUGUGCCUACAGCGUUAUUUUGCCUUGCUUCAUUAACACCACGGUAUUCGUCCCAUCAGACAAAUAUCCCAUUUUGCCCCCAUUCAAGGAGAAGGAACCUUCAAAAGUAGUCAUUGACGAGUUGGACGCCAUCAAGAUAAAAACUGGGGACGGCUCCGACCCAAACGACAACUAUGAUUUGUAUCUCGACCUUGAAAUUAAUGCGGUGUUGGGGAGAGGCGAAUUUAUUGCGGGUCUUGUCGGCACUCUCGUUCAGUCCACAACUGAUCUGGUCUGCUCUGUGACCACCAUUGGAUGCGUUGCAGCCCACGUGGCAUCCGGCGCGGCUGGAAUUGGCAUGCAAGUCAUGGAAACUGUAAUGGCUGUUGGGCAAUCGCUUGAGGGAAGGAAGAAAAGGGCGAUUCCCAACGGAAAAACGGUGCCUGAUCCACUAAAGGAUUAUCCCGGAUGGAAAACCCAAUUUGCAACUAAUCUAUCAGCAGGAGCAUAUUUUGCUCAAGAAAAAAGAACCGAUGGUCCAACGUUCUAUGGUUUUGGAAACUGCCCCCAAACUGACGCUGUAGUUCAACCAAAAACCUUUUCUAAUUACGAAGAAGCUCUUAAUUUCUAUCAAAAGGUUUUACGAACGGACUGCUUCGAUUAUAUGAAACCAUUGUUGGAACUAACCCUGUCAAGCGGAUUGGUAACCUGGGCAAAUCCACACUUUGAGUUUGUGGAUGGGCACGAAUUCCUGAAAAACCCUAUCCUUCCUAUCAAGGAUUUAAUGACGCUUACCACGGCCGCGGAACUCGUCGCAUUCACAACUGUCCACAAAGCUGCUCUGCCAUCUAAUUGGACUCCGUUUCCCUUUCUGCCUGUCACCGACAAAAAACCGAUCUCGCCCAGUGUCGCACUCCUGAGUCAAAUCUUCCUUAAGUAUUUGUCCAUCACUAGACAAAAAGCCCGUCCUCAUAUGAUCCACUUAUCCCGACAUCUUCUCCAUACCGCCAAUUCAGCGUUAAAAAAGCUUGGCGAGGAUGGCCAAAACUUGGAAAAGUGCACCGAGUCAGGAUGUGUGAAGGACAAGGAGAUGAACCAAAAUGAUAAAUGCGCAAUGAUGGGGAUCAUACAAUUCAUUAAGAAAAGACUCGGACAGCUGGAUAAAGAAAACUGGACGGACGCUGAUGUUGUGUCAUCUUUUGAGAAAUUCUUUGCAGAGAAUGAGGAAGCCAUUGGAAAAUUUGUUAACGCAUUUGUGUAAAAUUUCAAUGUGUUUAAUUUCUGAAAUUAUAA